AUGGCAAAAUCAAAGAGAGUAAAGAAGGUUCUUGUGACUAAGGAUCUAAAGAAGAAGAGAAAAGAUAAGUCAGAAAUCAUUGAAAACGUGCACGAGUACAUUGGUAAAUUUAAGUUUGUUUAUGUUGUUAAGCUAAAGAACCAGAGAAAUGCUGCUUUGAAGCAGCUCAGAGUUAGAUUAGAACCAGGAAAGCUUUUAAUCGGGAAGAACAAGCUUCUUCAGGUUGCGUUUGGAGCAGACUCGGAUUCAGAAUCUGCGAAGAAUGCUCAUAAAAUCUCUUCUUUUCUCCAUGGUGAAAGAGGUCUUAUCUUCACAGACCUUGCUCCUAGUGAUUUGAAUAAAGUAUUAGAAGAGAGCUGUACGAUGGAGUUUGGUAGAGAAGGUUCAUUUUCUGACAUUACUUGUGUUAUUGAGCCAAACACAGACUUGGAAUGCCUGUAUAGAAAUGCAGAAUUCUAUAUGAGAAAACAAUUUCCUCAGCUUAAGCCAACUCCUCUAGGUUCGGAGGAGGGUAAGGUUAUCAUAUGCAAGGAAGGUAGUCCUUUGAAUAAGUACCAGUAUUUGCUACUUAAACAUUUAGAUAUCCCUUCAGUCAAGUUUGAAGUAAAACCAAUUGCUUGCCUUCACAACGAAGAACUAACUUGUUUUGGAAACAUCGAUAUGGAAUAA